CUAAAAGUUACCGUUCUCUGUACUAUACAUUUAGAUACCUUGUUUACAUAUCAACUUACUUCAAUAUUUUCCUGAAUCGGUGAAAUGUAUUACUUCACAUGUGCUGUCAUUUUUGCCAGUUUGGCAGCUUUAGGGGAUGCAGUGGGAAAAUACUGCAGUGAUUUACUGGAUUGUCCAGGAUCAGAAUUAUGUUGCUCAAACAACCUGUGUUGUGACUUUGAGACCAGUAUUUCUUCAACUGUUACAACCAUCAGCAUUGGUGUAAUCGUUGCAAUUGUGGUCGGAAUUCUGCUUUGUAUUGGUGGUUGUAUUGCUGCAUGUGUAUGCUGCUGUAAAAGGAACCAACCCACUUACCAUAACCCUCCCGUGGUCACAACUACCACUGUACAUACACAACAACCUGUAGUUGGUGUAACCAACCCGACUGGGUAUGCCCAUGUUCCCCAAAACGCAUACCCACCCCAACAACCCCCCUACGCACCCCAACCUUACCCCAGCCAAUCUGCUUACCCACCCCAACCCCAACCACACCCACACCCCCAACCCUAUCCCAGCCAAUCCCCCUACCCACCCCAGCCCCAACCGUAGGUUAUCAAACGCAGCCCCCUCCCUAUGAACCCCCACCAC